AUGGACAACAGCAAUGAUAAUUUUUGUGAUUCCUCUCCAUCUCCUACUGUAGAAGAAGAUGCUCUUUCCGUUUCUCAACUCAUCAACCAUCCAAAUCCACCACCACCUGUCCAAUUUAAGCGAUCGGUUUUCAACGAGCUUGCGGAAAAUCUCAGAGUGAAGGAAAUGGAAAUCCGGGAGAAAUUCAAACUCAUCGACCAACUAACCCAGGAGAUCGAUGAAGGAGACGCCGGGGAUCACCAGGCUAAAAGGGUGAUGAGAGUUCAGCUGCAAGAAGAAGUGGCUGAAUCAUUCAAGCAAUUUGAUCAAAUUGCUCAAACCCUCAAAGAAGCUUAUAUGGUGAACAUUGCAAUUUGA